GUCGUACGGUAUCCCGGCCCAUUCGAUCACGGCAUGUGGCGCAAGAUCGAAGCCGGCCAGCGGUGCCACCCGCCUGUCUCUGCCUGCGCCGACCUCGCCGUCGUGCCCUGCUCGCUGCCCGGACAGCUCUUUGUGGGCCAUGCGGACGCAGCGGCUACCCCGGCCGCGCAAGGGAUAUCGGCCAUCAUCGCGCUUGGCACGGGCAACCUCUCGCCGCUCGACGAUGUGCUCUGCAUUGCGAUCGUCGACAUGGAAGACGCCUUCUUGCUACCGCAUCUGCCUGCGUGCUACGCCUUCUUGCACGCGCGGCUAGCGGCCGGCAGCAAUGUGCUCGUCCACUGCGCGUACGGCCAGUCGCGCAGCGCAGCGAUCUGCGUCGCCUUUCUCAUGCAGCUCGACAAUUUGCGCCUUCCCGCUGCGUACGCGAUUGUGCAAGCGGCGCGCCCAUGCAUCUACAUCAAUGCAGGCUUUCUCCGGCAGCUCGAGCUCUUUGAUGGAAUGGAGUGCUCGCUCACGGGCCACUCGGUCGCCCACGCGACGUACCGCACCAUGUGCGCCCACGAGCACAAGCGCAACACGUACGCAGUGGUGCUCUCGCCGUUGGAGCUCGCGGCCAGCGGUGGCGCCAAGUGCUGUUGCAAAAAAUGCAAUCAGCUGCUCUGCACGACGCUCAAUGCGGUGGAGCAUACCCAUAGCAGUGCCAACGCCGCAACUCUGUGCGACGGCCUGUACGUGGAGCCAAUGCCGUGGAUGCACCUCGAGACCCAGGGCGAACAAGGCAAGAUCACGUGUCCGCGGUGCAAGACCAAGCUCGGUGUCUUUCAUUGAUGCAGUCUCGGGACGUUCCAGCAGCCAGCGUUCCAGCUUGCCCGCAGUCGCGUCGACCUCCGAAACGUCUAGUUGCUACUAAAGCUUUUUGCAGUUAAUGAAGUUGAUAGUGACACGA